GUCAAUAUAAUUAAGGCUGUCAUUCAUAAAUACUUCAUAAAACCCAUUUGUAUCGUCAAAAUAGACGGCUGUGAUCACGAAUUGAGGAUCAGAAUCGAUGAUUGUACGCCAGAUUUUCCAUAGGAUAUUUAUCGGGUAGAAUUCGCUGUAAUCCACAGAUAUUUAUAACGAAGGUACGGUGAAUGGAUGGAUUUAAUCAAUGUUUGACACGCUUUUAGAUAAAAUUAUCUAAUUGUGAAGUUCAUUCUGGUUUCCGUUAUUAAGUGAAUAUUGACUAGGUAUUUGUUUAUUGCGGAAAAGCAUGGCGAUGGAUUCUAGGAGGAUACGGAGAACACACGGACAUGGCGGGGGACAUGUACCAGGGCAUGGACAGAACCUGACUGUGCCGGGCAGGCUUACAAAAGCCCACGGGCAUACUUUAAGGGAUCAUAAAGGAAACGAUAGUAAAUCCGAAAGCUCUGAUCAUGAUAGAGGGAAAUAUUUUCAUGAACAUGUCAGACUUGAAAAUACAUUUCAACUGAAUCCAUGUGAGGAUUAUAAGUUUUCAAGCAAACAGAUGGAAAGGGUAAUGAAGGACAUAUUAGACAAACAGUUAUCUGAGACGGACUAUAACGGGAAAAUAUGCCCGACAGUUGCCGCAAACUUGUCAUCCUUAAUAAAAGAACGAGCUAAGGAGUUUCCAUGGAAACGGUACAGAUACGUAGUACAAGUUGUAGUUGGAGAGAAUUCUGAACAAGCAGUACAAAUUGGUAGCCGUUGUAUAUGGGACGAAAAGAACGAUAAUUUUGCGUGUGUAACUUUUAAAAAUAAAACUGUGUUUGCCGUAGCUGCAUGUUAUGGGAUUUAUUUAGAAUGAUUUCAUUUCGGAACAUUUGUUAAUUUGUUAUUAUUAGUAUUAAAGGAUUCUAUGGGAUUUUAUAGUUUGCAGUAUUUU